AUGCCGCAGUACCAGUUCUACAAGGUGCCGACGACGGCGCGCAAGAUGACCUUUUCGGAACUCUUCCUCGACUGCUGCCGCCAGCUGCGCAGCCACGACGCCGGCAUCGCGCCGUUCCUCAUGGACUCGGAGAGCCCGCUCGACGGCGACGUCGGCACCCUGCGCUGCGGCGUGCCCGAGCCCGUCUGCCUCGGCGACCUCGCCAAGCUCUUCAACGGACCCGUGCAGCGCGCGCCGGAGCGCAGCGUCGUCGAGCUCCUGACCUUGCAGCCGCAGCCGGCGCCGACGUCGGUGGCGAAGCGGCAGGCGCUCGAGCUCCUGAGGCGCGUGCCGGACGCGACGCCGGAGGAUGCCGUCACGGCCCUCGCCGUAAGCAUGACGCACAUGAUUGUCAUUUCCAUCUUUGCGAGCAAGACGCUGUGGCUGAUGUCGCAGGCCGAGCUGAUGCAUGAGAUUGCGCGACUGCAGGCGCAGGAGGACAGGGAGGAUUCGGACUCGGAGGACGGCCACGAUGGGGGCGUCAGCGAGACGUUGCAGAGGCGGCUCGUGUUGGAGGCGCUGCUGCGGACGCUCGGCUGGAUCGACUGGAACGAAGGGUCGCGGGCCAACGCAGAGGCCAUGACGGACCGGUCGGCCAUCAUCUUCAGGCUGAAGGAUGCGCCGUGGGAGAUGUCGGCCAUGCUCGUGGCCAUGGUGAGCUGCGGCAUGCCGCUGAGCGCGUACGAAUGGGCGAAGGAGCACCUCGCCGUGGUGCAUGUGAAUGUGUUCCAGAGAUCCUUCAUGGCGCUGGCGCCGCAAAAGGUGAUGAAGCCCGACACCAUGUUCUUCAUGAGGCAGGUGGACGACUAUGCCAUGGGACGUGAUGGGGCGAUGCCGAGGUUCACGUUGAUGGCGAUGGAUACCGACAGUGACAUUUACAUGAACCAGUGCAUGUUCCCUCCGGAUCUCGCCAUGUCAAAUGGAUGA